AUGUAUCCACUUUCGUUCAAGAUGACUGCGGGCUGUGGUUUUUUGUUGAUAUGGGUAAUAAUGCUCCAUUCUCAAUUCCCAAUUUCAACAGGGUGUUUACAAGAUGAAAGAAGUUACUUGCUGGAUUUCAAGGCUGGGCUUAAUUUGUCUUCAGGUCGGUUAUCCUCUUGGCGGGGAUUCAACUGUUGCGAGUGGGAGGGUGUUGCCUGUGAUUACCACACAUCCCAUGUCAUUCGCCUUGAUUUAAGGAAUCCGGUUGAUUAUUAUUAUUCAAGUGAUUACCACAAACAGCAGUUGACUGGUGAAGUUCGUACAUCGCUGUGUAAUCUGCAGCAUCUACAGUACUUAGAUCUCAGCUGGAAUGACUUCAAUGGUACUUCUAUCCCUCCCCAGCUUUUAAAAUUGCAUAGACUUGAGUUUCUUAGGUUGAAAAAUGCUGGAUUUGGAGGUGAAGUCCCUCUGGAGUUGGGAAAUAUGUCAAGCUUGCGUCAUUUGGAUAUUUCAGAUAACUUCUGGCUAAUUCAAAUUUCAACAUAUGACUACUUCACAUCUGACUACUUUAAAUGUAGUAAGUUUGAUGUAUGGGUAAGAAAUCUAAGAAGCUUGGAGUUCUUGGAUAUGAGUAAUGUGAACCUGAGCAUGGCAUCUGAGCACUGGGGUGAUGCCCUUAGCGGUCUUCCCAAUCUUACCCAGAUUCAUCUGUUUGGCUGUGGGCUCUCAGGUAAUAUUCCAGAUCUCUCAAACCUUACCCGUUUAUCACAUCUGCAUAUAGCUUACAAUUCAUUCCCGGUUCAACUACCCUCUUGGUUUGAGAAUGUGUCCUCAUUGGUUUCAGUUGAUCUGUCCUCCUGUGGUAUAAAUGGUUUCAUCCCUUCCAAUUUCAUGCCCCGCUCAAGAAUGAGCAAUCUUGUGCUUGAUUCUAACUACGGCUUGAAAGGAAACCUUUCUUUCAUGCUAAGCCAUUCUUCCUCACUAGUCGUGCUAUCCCUUAGUCACUGUAAUUUAACGGGAGUGUUCCCCACUUCUAUUGCAAAUUUCUCAAAACUUAUGACCAUGGAUCUGGGGUACAACAAUUUGGAGGGCAGUAUACCAUCCUCUUUUGGCAGCUUAACAUUGAGGCAGCUCUAUCUAGGCCAUAACCAGCUGUCAGGAACAAUUCCAGAUUGCAUUUCAAAGUUGGCCAGUUUAAACGUAUUGUCACUUCGUUCCAGCGGAUUAAGAGGGAACAUUUCACUUCAACUAUUUGAAAAUCUAACCCGCCUUUCACAAUUGGACCUUUCAGAAAAUCAGUUUGUCAUUGACAUCUCUACAAGCUGGGUUCCUAAGUUUGCCCACCUGUCUACUCUUGAAUUGCAGUCUUGCAAUAUACAAGGCAACUUCCCUGCAUUUUUGUCCCAGCAGUAUCAAUUGUCCAGGCUAGAUCUUUCAGAUAACAACAUUGUGGGAAAUCUUCCUUCGUGGCUGUGGGAUCUUCCUAAUCUUCAUCAGCUCAAUCUUUCAAAUAACCAACUGGAAGGUUCUCUACCUCGCAAGAUAUCUCAUAGUUUUUUAACAGUGGACUUGCAUGGGAAUAGAUUAUAUGGCUCUCUUCCUCCUCUUGAUUUUGGUUCACAUGCAUUAGAUCUGUCAAAUAAUGGGUUUAAUGGCUCUAUUCCUACAACAAUUGGGAUAUUUGACACUCUAUCAUUGUCAGGGAAUAAUUUGACUGGAGAAAUUCCAAGUUCUAUAUGUAACAAUUCAGAUUAUCAUAGAGUUUUGGACCUGUCAAAGAACAAGUUGACAGGUAUGAUUCCUUCAAAUAUUGGGCAGUGUUAUGUAAUAGAAAUUUUAAAAUUGGCUCAAAAUGUUUUGCAAGGGGAGAUUCCAAAGGAGUUAGGAAAUCUGCAAAGUCUUCGCACAUUAAAUCUCAAUGGUAACAGGUUGCAAGGUAUUAUUCCACCAUCUAUUGCGAAUUGCACAGAUCUCCAAAUAUUUGAUCUAGGAAAUAACAAUUUUGAAGGUAGCAUUCCUGUUUGGAUUGAAAAGUUGACAGAUUUGAGAAUUCUUAGCUUGGCUUCUAAUAAAUUUGAUGGUAGAAUUCCGCCCCAGCUGUUCAGGUUGCAAUAUCUUCAAAUUCUAGAUUUACCUGAUAAUCAAUUAUCAGGAAAUAUACCUUCAGAUGUGAGCAAGUUAUGUGCUUUGGUCAAUAAUUCACAAAGUUUUCAAUUACAAUAUUCUUCAUAUUAUCUAGAGGUUUCAACUUGGGACAGAGAGUAUGGAAUGAAUUUUGCUGAUGAAGUAACAGUUUGGAUAAAAGGAAGGAGAACUCCAUACUCUAAAAUAAUUGGACAAGACAAGUUCAUGGAUUUGUCACAUAAUAACUUGUCAGGAAAUAUUCCUUCAGAAUUGGGGCUCUUGAGAGGAUUAAUUUCUCUCAACAUAUCAAAAAAUAAUCUAAGUGGGGUAAUUCCAGAAUCCUUGGGAGCCUUGACUUACUUGGAAUCUUUGGAUCUUUCAGAAAAUAAUUUGUUAGGAAACAUUCCUAUUCAAUUUUUAAAUCUCACAUUUCUUGCUGUGUUGAAUCUUUCUGACAACAAGUUGUCAGGGUUAAUACCACAAGGAAAGCAGUUUUCAACCUUUGAGAUUUCUUCCUUUCUAGGAAAUCCUAAUCUUCAUGGACCUCCCCUUGAAAACAGGACACAGAGUCUUGGUUUUGGUAGACAACAUAAUUACAAAGAAUUGAAUAAUACAACCACUAAAAGUGUAUAUGCAGAUGUAAUGGAUCGAUGGUGGGCAGUGGGAGUGGGGUUAAGUUACGGAGUGGGAUUUGCUACUGUGAUUGCAGUGUUGUGCUUCCACAUGAAAUGGAGAUACAUAUGCUUUUCUUUCAUGGAUAAUUUUAUCUAUGACCUUUGUGAAUAG